AAAUGAGUCAGCAGAUAUUAAGCUCUACAUGUCUAUAGGUGUAACAACAUAUGAAAACUGAAUACUGAGAUUCAAAAUCUAUCUUAUACGUUUUGACUUCGAAAGCAUCGAACAUCUAAACAGAAUGGCGCUACCGGCUGGAAUGACCCAAAAUCCUGAAAUGCCCGGACUCUUUGACUUUCAUGAGUACGAAGGCUUGAGGAUGCCUAAAAUAGUCCUGAAAUCUAGUCUAGAUGAGCUCAAGACAUUCGAAGUGAGGCCAGAUGACAUCUGGGUAUGCACCUACCCAAAAUCAGGUACACAUUUCAUCAUGGAAAUGACAUCCCUCAUCCUGGCAGACGGCGAUCCAAUGAAGAUCGACCGAACAACUCACCUAGCAACCAUCUCCAUCGUAACCGUGGACCGCCCAUUCACGGUUGACGCCCAGCAACAGGGCGAUGAAGCACAGCCCCCGCUUGCCCCCAUGCCAUUCAUUGAUGUGAUCAAGAAGGCCCCCUCUCCGAGAAAGAUAGCGUGUCAUUUGCCCUUCCAGCUUCUCCCACCAAACAUCGAGAAGAGAGCUAGGGUUAUCUACGUGGCCCGUAAUCCUAAGGACAUGAUAGCAUCUACAAUGCGAUUCGUAGAGAAGACCGUCCCCUAUCCAGGAGGCUUCGACCAAAUGGUCAUGGACACGAUGAAUGGAACCACCUCAUUUGGUCCCUGGUUUGAUCACGUGAUGGGAUACUGGAAAAAGCGAAAGGAAGACAACGUUCUCUUUUUGACUUUCGAAGAAAUGAAAAUGAACCCGGCAGAGGCCGCUCAAAGAGUCGGAAAGCUUCUAGGGCGCCCUCUCUCACCUGAGAUUCUGGAGAAGGUGGUGACAAAGAGUGGUUUCGAGGGUAUGAAGAAGACAUACGACAAGAUUGAGAAAGCUUCGGACAAGGGUAAAUUUCUUACCAAAGCCGCUGGUCAGUUGCCCUUCAUGCAGAAAGGUGUGAUCGGGUCAUGGAAAGAAAGAUUUACUGUGGCCCAGAACGAAGCAUUCGACAAAUGGUACCAGGACAAGUUUGCCGGUUGCGAUUUGGAGUUCCAGUUUGAAUAAUUUAGUUAUAAAAAACCAGAUCGCAAUGACUUUCAAUACGCUAUUGUGCAUCCUGUUGAAGUCAUAUUCGCAUUACCUAAUGCGUCAUUGUAAAGUUCAUAUACUUAAUAUGUGAUGGGCAAGGCUGUUUAGAUAGCCUUAGGUUGAUUUUUCAAAAGCUUUUGCGAUCAUGUUAAAACUUAUUUUUAAAUGAUUAGAAAAUUUUAAUUUAAUUCAGUUUUAAGAACAUCAACAAUGGUUGUAUUCGAUAGUUAUGAUAAUGUAGUUUAUUACACUGAACUAUCCUCUUAUUUUGUAUGCUACGAAUGUUUAAAAGCCAUAUUUCUGUUUUGAAUUUGUAUUCAUUUACAAUAUUCAAUUUUAAUUAAAACAAUCUUUCUUCGAGAUGAUAACAUCUUCAAUCAUCUAUUUCAUGACGGUCCCAUUUAUGAAAAAACUAUAUCUAUGAAUUUAUGAAAGAUGUUAAACUAUAUAAUAAUAAUAACGGAUUCUUAUAAAGUGCUUUACCAGGUACAAGUGACCAAAACACAUGCAGUUACCCCAGUGAAAGGGUUCAAUCACUAUAUUGCACAUUACAGUGCACUUUCUCCACUCCCUGGGGAACAUUCCAGCUAGUCCCCUUUUUAAGGGCACGCACGUGCUAAUCUAACCGUAAAGACGUUCGCAUCCUACCGGGUACCCAUUGACACCUGGGUGGAGAGGAGCAAAGUGGAUAAAAUGCCUUGCACAAAGGACCCAAAUGCCGGGCCGGGGCUCAAACUCAUGACCUUUGCAUUUUGUUUAAACCACUCGAAUUGUUGUUGUUGGUAAUAGUUUAAUUGCGUUCAUUCAGUA